AAUUCGACAACUAUCUGUCUCGUGCUUUAUAUCACAUUUUCGUGCAAGAUGAUGCAUCAAUAUUUUUUCAAUGAGCUAACUAGCUACGGUUAGCCUUCUUUGCUCGUUUACUGCGUCACUAGUUUCGCCUGAUAACAUAUGGUUUUAUUUUUUGCCAGAUAUUUAUACGAUUUAAUCUGUAGACAAUUAAAAUUAGCAAAUCAUGCCUUGAAUUAUUUGAAUUCAAUUAUAACGUAUCUAGCUAGGUAACGUUAGCUGUUGUGCUAGCUGGAUAGCUAGUUUUGUGAACGCUAAAUUGGUAUACUUAGUAGAUUUUUUUUGAUAAAUUGUGCACGCAAUGGAGUCAUAAUUAAUCAGAAAUGUAGCUAAUGUUAGAAUAAGUAUUAUUCCACAUUAAUGGACGGUUUUGACUGAAACAUCAGUCAGCCUAUUCUUACUGAUCUAGCGUAGCGCUAGCUGAGUACACAGACAGUAUGGCUGAGCCCCAUAAUUCUUAGCGACAUAUUAUAGUGGCCAUGCUGGCAGCUGGAAAUCGUUUUUGCGCAGAGGAAGAGGCGAAGCAAGAGGCAUAACUGGGCCCAAGAUCGGUCUUCUCCAGCAGGUGGCGUUUUUCAUCAAGCGAUAUGUUUUUCUUUGGAGUUCACUGUGUCGAAUUUAGUCAACAAAAAAUGUCAUGGUUAUUUGCUACGUGAGGCUUAUUUGAUCGAAUAGAAAUUUCGUAAUGCAUAGAUUGUUACGACUGUACUGAUAUAAGUAGGACAGGUGACAUCCCGGCAACAAAAUACUUUAUAUCCUCCUGAGACCCCGCCCAUUGACUUAUGUCCACUGUUGUGGACAUUUGAGUUUCAUCCCUCUUCUUUGAAUAUUUUGUGCAAGUCUCUUAAUUCCUGCUGUACUGUACAGAGGACAUCCUGGGCUUUUCAGUUAUAUGUCAUUUGAUUGGCUGGGAGGCCGGGAACCGCCUCUAUCUUUCCUUUCAAAAUGGACGGCAAAGGAACAAGCACAUUUUAUGGAAAGAUGAGAGGUAUGGCCCUGAUCUGAGGUGAGAGGUGCUGGAUAUGGCUGAAGGGAUUGACAUUGGCGAAAUGCCCUCCUUUGACCUAGUUCCAAGUGCUGAAGCAAAAAAGAGACCCAAUUCAUCAGAUGGCAGAGGAGAACCAAUGAGGAAGAUGCCGGUGUCCAAAUUUGGUUCCAGACCGCUGUUUGAGCCUGUACACUUUGUUAGUGGUGGCAGCAGUGGCGGGUCUGGUAAUGAUGAGAAGGAGAAUGACAAAGAGCGCCGGAGGAGUGAGGUGAACAGUGUGAGACAGCGGGACUCUGACCGUCCCUCUUAUGGCAGCAACCGAGCUCAGGGCUCCUCUGCAGCUAGACCAGCGUUCGACAGAGUUUCAUCAUACGGUUCUUCUUCUGACUCUUGGAGGGACAGAGAUGGAGAAAGUGAUAGAGAGAGAGCUCGAGACAUACCCUCAGGUAGCACAAGUGGUUUAGGUUAUGGGAGCCGAGGAUCCACCUCAAAUUAUAUGACUAAGGUGCAGCAGGACUACUCGGACAGAUAUGAGGUCCACAGCACUAGGCAGCCGGACUCAUACUCUCAGGCCCCUAGGUUUGAUGGAUAUGGAGGGGGCAGUCGGUCAGGGGGCUGGGGGGAUUCAGGACGCCAAGGCUUCGGGCAUCAGGACAGACCCUCAUCCAGCAGACCAUUCAGCAGAGUCUACAGUAGUCCAGGGAGGAGCAGCCCCUCCUCAGUUUCUGGGUCUUCUUCACAACCCAUCCCCAUAUCUCAAGCCGUACUGGAUGAAAAGCAGAGGCUGAUCAAUAGUGUGGCAUCCGCCAUAGCUAUCACUUUAAGAGACCCUGCGUUCAUGUGUGGAGCUGAAUCUCCAAACUACAAUUUCAUGCUAAGCCGUAGCAUCCAGGCCUGUAAGACCAACCCAGAGUACAUCUAUGUCAACCUCAAAGAUAUCCCUCCAGCAGACCUACCCAAGAACAGGAAAGUACCGACUGAUGGCUAUGCCUGUGAGCUGAGAUGCCAGUGUGUUUACCUUGCUACUGGAUACUCUGGCAGCAAAAACGGGGCCAGGGACCGUGCUUCUGAGCAGGCUAUUAAGCUUUUCUUUAAACAGGUGGAGGUCCGUGUAGUGCAGCGCAAAUUCAAACACUCCUUGGUCAAUGAUAUUGUGGUCUGCCAGAUUAACUGCCCUACCCCUGCUUUUCUACCGGCACUGCGUAAUCCAGAGGAUAAGCCGACGCCUAGCUCCAAGGGGCAAUACGAGCCUGACAAACGCAAGCACUGGACCGAUUUUGUCAUUGUUGACAACGCUCAUGAUGCCAUCUGCAUUCUUAACAACUCUGCCGCCUUCAACCGCAUGAAGAUUGACUACAAAUUCGAUGUGGUUCCCAACAGCAGCUCAUGGCAAUGUAGCGUGUACCUGCAGGACGAGCUGGUGGCACAGGCCAAGGGAAGUAAGAAGACGUCUAAACAUACAGCAGCUGAAGAGGCAGUGAGAAAACUGCGCAUGAACCAGGCAGCCCGGGAGCAACAGCAACCACAGCAGUUCUUCCGAGGGAACAAUCCCUCUGACCCAUCGUGUGGCCGUUUCGGUCACCAGGGUGGUAGGAAGAAACACUUGAGUGAGCUGGUCAUCCUAGAGAACUCGGACAAUGCCAUCUGCAUCAUCAAUGACACUGCCCAGUUCAACAAGGUAGCUGCCGAUUAUAAGUUCACAGUGCUACCAGAUCACCGCUGGAGGUGUGAGGUAUACCUGGAGGGUCAGUAUGUAGCGUCAGGCAUCGGACCCAAGAAAACGGUGAAGCACAUUGCAGCAGAGGAAGCCUUGGCCACACUCAGGCAGACACAGGCUGUGGUUAAAUCCAACCUCAGGAAGGAGGGUAAUGCUGACGCCCUCUCUCGCCACCAGAUUCUGACGCGCUCUGGUGAGGAAGCCUCGAGACAGGAGAUCAAGGAGGAUAACAUUGGGAAUCAGCUACUCCGCAAGAUGGGCUGGAAGGGUGGCGGAUUGGGCCGGGAAGGGGAGGGCAUCUCUGAACCCAUUAAGGUGAAAGAGCAGUUCUCCAGAGAAGGACUGGGUAUGGACAUGGACAAGUCUGGGAAUCAGCUCACCAAACGGAACAUCGAAGACAUCAUCCGUAACUAUGCCAGUUCAGACCGCCAGGACGACCUGCGCUUCUCCACUGAACUCAACAAUGAUGAACGCAAGCAGAUCCACCAGAUAUCCCAGAAGUAUGGCCUGCGGAGUAAGUCAUAUGGCCAGGGCAGGCUGCGCUUCCUCAUCGUCAGUCGCAAAGUGCACAAAGACCAGCUCAUUGGCCAGCUCCUGCAGGAAGGGCAGGUGGGACGCUACGAGCUGGUGAAACCUCAGGCCUCACACUGACUGGAUGUGGCAUAGCUACAACAAACUACCGAUCACUGAUACUUCAGAACAAAAACAGGUGUGCCUGAUCUGGGCAAAGGUGGUACUUUUAUUGAGGAUGUUUCAAUCUUCUAGGCUUGUCUUUUGGGGAAAUACUUCAGUGGUUUCUGCAUUCCUUUUCCUACAAUUGCAUAUUUUCUGGCAUUGUUUUAACGCUUCUUCUCAUUCUACAAUUUUGUCUUCUGUCAGCUUCACAUUUGCACAAUAUGCUAGUGAUUUGUGCUGUAACAGUUGAUUAGAGUUAUGUAUCUUGACAAAAAGGCUCAAAACAUUUUAGCAAACGUUUUUUUAUGGCUACAGAAAUAGCCUAAAGCAGCAGAAUGCCCACCAUUUUACCUACACACGUUUCAUUAGUAAAAAUGUAUAUCCUGUUGGCAUCACCUCAAGUGACGUCUGUAACUAUAUGCUGGCAUUGACACAUCCCUGACAUAAUACUUGCAAUGUUGUUUUCCCCCCUUGGAUAGUUAAGAGAUCAUUGAAAAAUAAAAGCUGCUUCCAGGACUUGGAAUUUGUCUUUGUCACAUGGUAAAAGCGCAAGCUGUGUUCCCUUCGAAAUGUCAGAUGUAUACGUCUUAGUGAAUAGUUAACUUGUCUGCUUGUUUUCACAGCUGUAAUAACGAUCAAUAAAUUAAGUCUUAUAAUUGUC